UUCAGUUUAUAUUCUAAAAAUGUUCACCUGGUAUACUUCAUUAAUUUUAUCAUUUCUAUUCAUUGUUCAUAUUAAUGCUAUACGAAAGCAAGGUGUCGCGGUACGUGGACAAUUAAUGUGUGGUUCAGGACCAGCUAUACAAACCAAAGUUCGUAUUGUUGACAUUGAUACAGGUCCUGAUCCUGAUGAUACGCUUGAUGAGAAAACAAUUGAUGAAAAUGGAAAAUUUGAACUAAAUGGAAGUACACGUGAAUUAACGGAUAUUGAUCCAGUGUUAUACGUAUGGACCGAUUGUCAGGAUGGAUUAACGCCAUGUCAACGUAAAAUAGCCUUUCAUAUACCGAAAAAAUUUAUCCAUAACGGAGAACCAAAACCGGAACAAUGGAUUGAUAUUGGUAUAUUAAAUUUGCAAGGACAUUUUGAGGAUGAAGGACGAGAAUGUAUAUUUUAGUUGUGAUUUUGUAUUUGUAUAUUCC